AUGGCCGUUGAUAAUGAGGCUGUCAGCGACGGAGUCUCAGAUCAGAACGAUGCCCAAGUCAGCGAGGACCAGGUGCUUGAUUUCUUCACCUUUGGCAUGUUCAUUAUAGAUGAGAUCGAAUACCCAUCACCAAAACCUCCCGUCAAGGACAUCCUCGGCGGCGCAGGCGCGUUCUCCGCCCUCGGCGCCCGCCUCUUCUCCCCGCCGCCCACCUCCCGCUCCGUCGGCUGGAUCGUCGACAGGGGCUCCGACUUCCCAGAGCACCUGACCGCCGUCAUCGACGGCUGGGACACGGCCGUGCUCUUCCGCGACGACGGGGACCGCCUCACCACCCGCGGCUGGAACGGCUACGAGGACGCCGCCUCGGAGCGGCGCUCGUUCCGGUACACCACGCCCCGGAAGCGCCUGCACGCCGAGGACCUGACCCCGGCGCUCCUGUCCGCCCGCGCCUUCCACGUCAUCAGCUCGCCCUCGCGCUGCCGCGACAUCGUCGGCGACCUGCUCUCGCGCCGCCGGCGCUCCAUGGGCGACGCCUACUGCCGCCCCUACAUCGUGUGGGAGCCCGUGCCCGACGCCUGCACGCCGGACGAGCUGCUCAGCUGCACCAACACGCUGCCCGUCGUCGACGUCUGCAGCCCCAACCACGCCGAGCUGGCCGGGCUCAUGGGCGACCCGGACCGCGGGCUCGACCCGCAGACGGGCGAGGUGUCGGCCGCCGCCGUCGAGCGCAGCUGCGAGCAGCUCCUCGCCUCCAUGCCCCUGCAGUCCUUCACCCUCGUCGUCCGCGCCGGCGACAAGGGCUGCUACCUCGCCAAGAACGGCGGCAGGAAGCGCGCCACCACCACCGCCGCGGCGCCCGCCGCCAAGCGCAGCAACAGGAAGAAGGAGUACACCCGAGGCGGCCUGCAGCCCGACACCGACAUGGAGGCCCUGUUCGCGGGGCUCAUGCAGGACGAGGACGGGCUCAUCGCCCGCGAGGAGAUCGAGGUCGACCCGGGCCUCGAGAAGUGGAUCCCGGCCUACCACGCCAAGAAGACGCAGCAGGGAGAGGGAGAUGACGAUGCCGACGACGCCGGCCCCGAGGUCGUCGUCGAUCCCACGGGUGGGGGUAACACCUUCAUGGGAGGCCUGGCGGUCGCCCUCGCGAGGGGCAAGUGCGUCGAGGAGGCUGCCGUCUGGGGUAGCGUCGCGGCCAGCUUCGCCAUCGAGCAGGUCGGCGUCCCUACUCUAGGGCAUGACGAUGAUGGAAACGAGCUAUGGAACGGGGUCAAGGUUGAUGAUAGACUGAGAGAACUCCAAGACCGCCUUGCCAAGGUCUGA